AUGACCAGCCAGUCUCAGAUGCGAUCUGCUCACGCCAUCUCCAACCCUACCCUCGCCGGAAUUGAGAAGAGAUGGGAAGCUAUGCCUCCACAAGAACAGGCCGAGCUUUGGAUGCAAUUGAGAGAUCGUAUGAAGGUUGAUUGGAACGAAAUGACUUUGCAGGAAAAGAAAGCUGCGUGGUGGAUUGCAUUUGGACCUCACGGACCCCGUGCUGAAGCACCCCCGGGCGAAUGGACCAAAGUGUGGCUUUACACAGCUGUGGGUCUUGGAAUAUCGUUGGCUAUGUUCCUCCUCAUCCAAUCCUUUGCAAGACCGCCACCACGGACUAUGACCAAAGAAUGGCAAGAAGCUACCAAUGAAUACCUCAAGUCCGAGAAAACCAAUCCUAUGUAUGGUGUCAGCCGUGAAGGAUACACCGGCCCAGGCUUCAUUCAGAGCAAGUCUGCCAAGUCUCAGGGCAUCAAGCUUGAACCAGAUGAAUAA